UUAAUGUUGUGGGAUGCAGAAUGCAGAUUUGUAAACUGCUGGGUUUCCUUUCCUUAAUUGUGAUCAUUGUUAACAAUGACGCCUCUCAAAAUCGGCAUUCAAGGUCCGUGGUGAAUAUGGACGACCUAUUGAAAACAGAGGAAGAUCUGGUACAAAAUUUAGAAAGGUACACAGUUGUGCUCUCCCAGAAAGCCAAAAUCAUAAGGUGGGGAAUCCGCCAGAUGGAGGAGCUACAUCAGAAGGAAAAUAUAUUACGGAACGGUUCUCCUAGCACUUUCUCCCUCAUACGUCAUAUGCAGGCUGAUUGGUUGAUGUGGCUGGAAUAUCUGGAAAGGCCCGUGGGUCUGGAGCAAUUGGAAUUUUUAAACGCCACAAAGGAGAGCUUGCCGCAGGACUAUGACUUCUAUGAUGCUGCUGAUGCCAUUAGAAGAGUACAAAAAACCUACGGCUUGUUAUCCAAAGACAUAGCCAGCGGUUUGCUAAAUGGUGUGCAAUACAACUCUUCACUGGAAUCCAUUGAUAGCCUUGCAGUGGCCCAUCACUUGAUGAGGCAAUUGCGAUGGUCAUAUGCAGAGCAGUGGAUUUUGGCAGGUAUAGAAACCCAGGAUCGUAAAGCUUCUAAAACAGAGAUGCACUUACUGACGGGGCCAACAAAGGCAAAACUCUAUAGAGACCUGGGAAAAGUGCUAACAGAGCAGGGAAAACAAAAAGAGGCCUUGGAAGCUUAUGAGGCUGCCCUAAAACUCGCCCCCCAUGAUGUGGAAACAUUCCAUGAAUACAAAAACUUAAGAACUAAAGCCCUAACGAUAUUACUAGCCGAACCGAUUGAAAAGGUACCAAAGGAUGAUAUUGAAAAAAUGCAAUUGCCGCCCUGUUGCAGUGGUCACUGCGAGAGGCGCAGCGAACUGAAAAGACUGUAUUGUGUGUACAACCACGCCACCGCUCCGUUCCUGGUACUUUCCCCCAUCAAAACGGAGAUCCUCUCGCUUGACCCCUUCAUGGCCAUCCUCCAUGACAUGGUCUCCCCAAAGGAGAGUGCUUUAAUUCGAUCUUCCAGUAAGAGUCUCAUGGUGCCUUCCUUAACAGCCAACCCCGACGAUCCAGACAACUAUCUGGUCGGGAAAUUCCGCACUUCAAAGGCAGUGUGGCUGGAUAGCGAUGGCAACGAGGUGACUUCAAGGCUCAGCCAACGCUUGGAGGAGGCAACUGGUCUGGAUAUGAACCGCUCGGAACCUUUCCAGGUCAUGAACUACGGCAUAGGAGGCUUCUUUGAAACCCAUUACGACUUGUUUCUUUCGGAUGAAGACCGGUUCCAGGUGGGAUACGUUGAUCGAUUGGCUACCACUCUUUUCUAUCUGAGUGACGUUCCACAAGGAGGGGGCACCUAUUUCCCUGGACUAAACAUCACUGUUUUUCCAAAGUUUGGAGCGGCGCUCUUCUGGUACAAUUUGGACACGAAGGGCAAUCAGCAACUCCGAGCUAUGCACACCGGCUGUCCUGUCAUCGUGGGCUCAAAAUGGGUCAUGAGCAAGUGGAUAGACGAUCAAGGACAAGAGUUCAAAAGGCCCUGUGUCAAAGAGAGUUCAGACACGAUGCAUCUACCAUCCAUAGAAAGGCUCAUUAUCUAGCCUAUUAUGCACAUUAAACUUCUUUAAGAAGUGCUUAGAAAUGUCUUCCAUUUGACUGUUUUUAAUAUACGAACUGUAAGUAAGGAACAAUACAAAUUGUAGUUAAAGGCGAAACUAAUAGCCGAAUAAAUUUAAUUAUGGAAAAACUUACGAAA